AUGAGCUUCAUUGGCUUCUGGGCGACGGUCGAGCUGCUCGUGGCCUUGGAGUCGGUCGCUCAGGCGAGCAGCCGACACCCCUUCGACGAUGAGGUCGACGAUUGGCUCGACAGCGUCUCCAAGAGUCAGCAGCAGAUUACGAGCCGUGAGCUCGAGCUGCAGCAGCAGGGCCCGCCGAGUGCCAAGCUCCAGGCCAGCAAAGACGACGACGUCGCGAGCGUCGAUUACAGAAAUACGCUCAAUUUGAGCUUCUCGUACUGUCCGGUGAAGUCGAGGCUGGAAGGCCUCAUGAACAGCAGCGUCGUUCGGCUGACCGAUCGCAAGUAUAUGCUCAAGCUCAUGUCGAGGAUACGCCAGGACUACGAGAGCAAACAGGAGGCCCGCAUCGAGGAGCGCAAGUAUGCAGAACUGAUGCGUACGAAGAAACUGAUACUUUACCGAUUCAUACCGGUGCAAGAGGCUCCGCCGGAAAUCUGCGAGUAUCCACUUUUCAAGCUGUACCUCUACUGCGAGGACGUGAUCGCUCAGCGCCUGAAAAAGAGAUUGCCGAAGAAGGCGAAAAUUCCAAAAUCGUUGUACAAAUUACUUUAUCCGGAGAAACCGACCGAAGUGGCCGACGAAGUCGACGAAGAAGUACCUAUGAAAGAGAUUUUAGUCAACGGAGAGCCGACGAUGGUGCCUAUGAAACCGGAUGAGAUUGAAGCUAUGCGCAAGGAACAGGAGCUGGCCAAGGAAAUAGAGGAGGGCUACAUGUUCACGAAAGAAGAGUACGAUAGUUUGCACUAUGAGACCGACGCCGUGAAAAAGUUGCGCGAGGCCAAGACCAUCAACGAGAUGUACGACAGAGCCAACAACAUCGUCGGGGCAUUAUUCAGCCUCAUGCAGAGUCCGAGUCGACAUUUGAAGACUGCCGACGGGGAAGCGGUCUCGACCAAGACCCGGGCUUGAACGCGGCGUCGGCUUCGAAUGGGGUCACGCACUUGAAACAGCUGCGAGUGAUGGACAUUCACAGUCUCGAUGCAGCUUUGUUUAUCUGCAAAACGAAAAAAAAAGAAAAAAAACAGUUACAAUUUUGCACGGAAAGUACGUAGAGCUGCACACGCGUCACGUCUAGCAUAUACAACGUCGAGGACACCUGUUGGCGGCUCGCGCGCCCAACGCCACUCGAAAUAUAUAUUUUCUCGCUUGCCGCCGCCCACGCCUCUCGAUAAGUAUCGAGCGUCACUCGAGCGAGCAACAAGUUUUCGCCCCAUCUCGUGAACGAGCUUUAGAAAUAUAUAUUUUUUCAUAACGAAAUUGCUGCUCGCGAUUGUACAGACAUAUCGAGGGUAACGUCACUGAUACUACGCAAUUCCCCAGUGCCAAUAAAAAAUGUGACGUUCAAGAAACAAGCCUCAACCGACGACAUUUGACGAAAAAAGAUGAUUCAAAGUUGCGUCAUUAACAAAUUAAUUAUCCGAUAAUGUACACUCGAGCCUAGUAGCUAAAUUAAAAACUUUAUUCAGACGCAUGGCGUCAAGCCAAAUAUGUUUAAAUUAGAACCGGCCAUUGACGACAUUACAUUUUCGAGUGUGAAUCAAUUACAAUUUAUCGACAAAUUUCAAAUUUUAAUUACUCCAAUUUUCUUUUUUCUUUUAUUCAAUCAAUAUGUAAUAUGAUACAAUUAAGGCAAUUAUAUAUGAUCCAUUAAGUUCCACUCGUAAAGAGAAGCUUUUGUUACACUCGUUCUGAAAUGUUUAAAUACACGAGUUUUAUUUUAUGAGCAAGUAUGUAUUUUUAUUUAUUUAUUUUUUUUGUCACAAAGUAUGUUUAUUUACACUCUCAAGUAAAAAACUUGAAAAAUUCGGUGUAAAUUGAAAAUUAGCCAAAAAAUCGUUUUUGUUCAGGACGAAAAAGAGGCAAACAGUGAGUAAAUGAAAACCUGCCCCUUUGUUUGUCAUUGGGGUGUGCUAUAGCGACGGAUGGCCGAUGCAGUAGUCAGUCUACGCUCAGGUAUAGCU